CAUUAUUAUUUUACCCUUAUUUUCAAUUUGCUUUGGCCAAACAAACAAAUGCUUCCCAUGAAUGAAUGAGAAAGAGAGAGAGAGAGAGAGAGAGAAAGGCAGAAGGAGGGAGAAAGAAAGAGAGAGAGAGAAUGAAGGCAGAUGGACAUGAGAUGGACUGGUCAGCUGCAGGCUGAUAUAUGAGUGGACACAAUGAGCAUGGAGGCCAAGCAGGCAGGCCGCUCCGACCACAUGUGGGUGAGCUGAAAGAGGCAGGGGUGCGGGGGAAGGGAUCCUAAAACAUGCAGACACAGACACACUUUAGAAAAGGACUGAGGAAGACAGAGAAUAGGCCACAUGAGUGGAGGAGAUGGAAAAAGAGAGAACUGAAGAGAGAAAAGGGAGUCCCAAAUCUCCAACCACAACAGGUUUGUUAAAGAUGCACUGGUCUCCGGAGCACGCUGCCCCUCUGUCCCAGUGGCCUGAGCAGCACCUGGAUGUCUCCUCAACCACCUCCCCUCCCUCCUCCCACAAACAUGAUCCUUACCCAGCUGCGGGUCGCCACGGUUACACCCCUACUACCGGCUACCCAUGGGCCAGUGAUGACAUCUCAGCCCUCACCGCCUCCUCCUUGUUAAAACGCUAUGCUGAAAAAUACUCAGGCCUGGAGUUGCCCUACGAGAGGCCUGCUACCGGGGCUUACUCAGAGCCUGGGGCUUUCCUGAAGAGCGAGGCUGAGCCCUGGGCCCUGGGGCAGGGCAUUGAAUGUUACCCUGGACUGGAGGCCCUGGCAGCAGGAGUCAAAGUGGGCUCAGCACCAGUGGGCCUCCCUGGCACGGGCAGUGUGACGGUGGUGAGCAGUAACUUGACCACUGACGCUGGGUACAGCGGCGGUGGCUCCUGUAACACCCCCCACUCUCAGGACUACCCCUCCACCUACAACAGCACCUACCUCUCCUCAGGAUACUGCCCCCAGCCCGGCUCAGCACUUCCCCCAGCGUCUUUACACUCUCUGCAGACCCCUUCCACCCUGGUGCCUAGCUACAACCCCACCAACGCCGUCUACAAUUACCCGCCAGGCUGUUACCCCCAGGCCAGCCUGGUCUCUGGCUACAGCCACCCGGGUGCCUCCUACCUCCCAUCUACGCUGACCACCCCCACGCCCCUGACCCCCCGGCCCACCGCGGUGGGGGGCAGCUAUGGCUACCCGACUCACAGCCUGGGGCCUGGCUCUGAGAUAGGAGGCUCACUGAAGCGCAAGGCCUUUGAGAUGGCAGAGGAGGGCGGAGGCAACCGGGAUGACUCAAGGUACAGGAAGUACGGCAAUGGGCGUGGAAAUGGCCACAGCAAGAGCCAUGGUAACGGUCACGGCAACGGCUACGACAUGGCAAGCUCAGAAGGCCAGGCCUACAAGCCUGACAAGCCUGUGGUAUCACCUCCUUAUGGUGGGCAGGGGCAGUUCAGCCCUUCCUCGGGCCUAGGGGGGGAGAGUGGUGGGGGAGGGGAACACAGAUUCCCCCAUCAGGGGCUAGCCAUGAAGAUGCCUGUAUCACAUGUAUGUUCCGAGGACCCUGCUGUAGGACACUAGGUCAGGCACUUGAGAGGACAACCCUAUGAGGGGGGUCCCCCCUCAGUUUUAUUGGCAUUUGAAAACCGAGUACUUACUCAGUCAACAACUGAAUGUAGAAGAAUCCUUGGAUAUUAACUAACCGGAAAGAAGAGAGAAUUUUGCUCCUCCUAUAUCUUUUCAAUUGUCAUCCUUAGGGCUUGUUUACAUUACGCUACAUUUUCCGAGACAUCUUGAACAGGACUCGAUAUGCUCGAUUUUUGGGUUGUGUAAACUUGGUGAUAUCGACAGCUCGAGACACCACCUUCCAAGGUAGAGUGUGGUGCAAAUGUCAGAACAGUUCUGUUGGAACUACGUCACGUUUCUGGGCAGGGUGCACGCAUUUCACUCGAUUUUCCGGCGAUUUCCGGCCACAGUCCUGCGUGGUACGUCUCUAUCCUGCUGGUGUACUUUCAAAUGUAUCUAGAAUUGUAUUCUCACUCUCGCAAUGUAAACAUGUCCUUACAUUUUCUCCAAAGAGUUAAGGGCUUUGCCCUCUA